AUGGUCGCGGCGCAACUCCCAGGGGUAGGGGAGUCCGAUCAUCCAAACUCGUGGAGUACGAUUCUGUGGCAGCUACGGCUACCGCGAGUGACAUUGGCGCUAAUCGUCGGUGGAGGCCUAGCGAUGGCCGGCGCUGCUUACCAAGGACUUUUCAAGAACCCGCUGGCCGACCCUUACCUGGUUGGCGUAGCAUCCGGCUCUGGCCUUGCUGCCACAAUUGUGCUACUCACAGGGGUCCCGCUGUACUUCGCCGGAAUUGGAAUCCUUCCUAUAGCGGCAUUCUGCGGUGGAAUCGCGGCAGUGGCCGUCGCAUAUUCGGUUGCUCGCAGCGCGCAUGGGACGCCGUUGACCACGUUGAUACUCGCGGGAGUGGCUAUCUCGGCCCUAGCGGCGUCCGCCACAAGCCUGCUGAUGAUACGCAGCGACCCUGAUCUGCGGCCGGUACUUAGCUGGCUUAUGGGCAGCUUCAUAGCGGCCGAGUGGAGCGACAGCUUAGUUAUGUUGCUUUACCUGGGGCCCAGCGUGAUUGUUCUGCUGGGAUUCGCCAGGAUUCUCAACGUAGUACAACUGAGCGAGGAACACGCUUCGAUGCUGGGAGUAGAUGUCGAACGCGUGAAGAUCGCGCUGAUCGUUGCCGCGACCCUUGCGACCGCCUCCGCGGUCUCGUUCAGCGGUCUGAUUGGUUUCGUGGGUCUCGUAGCGCCCCAUGUCGUGCGAAUUCUGUGGGGCGUUGACUACCGGUUCCUGCUGCCGAUGAGCGGGCUCAUCGGCGCGACUUUUCUGGUGAUUGCCGACUGGUCGCCAGGACAAUUGUAA